AUGGCCAAAUCCUACCUUCCCGUGUCGACGCAGGAUGUCGACAGCUCGUUAUCGCGCUCCCCUGCCACCCACAUGGCCACCACCACCCUGAAAGUCGGCGGCAUGACCUGCGGCGCAUGCACCUCGGCCGUCGAGAGCGGAUUCCACGGAGUCGACGGAGCUGGGAACGUCUCGGUCAGCCUGGUCAUGGAGCGCGCCGUCGUCCAGCACGAUCCCACCAAGCUAUCCGCCGAAAAAAUCCAGGAGAUAAUCGAGGAUCGCGGCUUCGACGCGGAGGUGCUCUCGACCAACCUCCCGAGCGCUGCUGCGGACGCUGAGGGUGACGCGGCGUCCGACGGCCUAGUGACGACAACAGUGUCUGUGGGAGGGAUGACAUGCGGCGCGUGCACUUCGGCCGUCGAAGGCGCCUUCAAGGACGUUGCGGGCGUCAAGAACUUCAAUAUUUCGCUGCUCUCGGAACGCGCCGUUAUCGAGCAUGACCCUGGAAUGCUGAGUCCCGAGAAGAUUGUGGAAAUGAUCGAAGACACCGGAUUCGACGCAAAGCUUCUGGAAACAAAGCAGGCGCUAGCGCACUCCCAGUCCCAAGGCUCUGGCAAGCGCGGGAAUGUCCUCACCACCACCGUUGCUAUCGAGGGCAUGACGUGUGGCGCUUGCACGUCGGCCGUUGAGUCCGGCUUCAGCCAGGUCGAUGGGAUGCUGCAAUUCAACAUCAGCUUGCUCGCAGAGCGUGCUGUUAUUUCUCACGACCCGCGAAAGCUUUCGCCGGAAAGGAUUGUCGAGAUCAUCGAGGAAAGGGGCUUUGACGCAAAGAUUCUGUCUACAGUGGACAGCGUGCAGGCCUCUUCCACCAACACGACCCAACACCUCAAGAUCUACGGUCUGGUCGACGCGACUUCCGCAAGAGAAUUGGAAUCCACCUUGAACGCAUUACCCGGCGUUUCGGCUGCAUCCGUGAAUUAUUCGACCUCUCGAGCUGUCAUUACACACAACGCCUCCAUCACCGGACUAAGAGCCAUUGUCGAGGCUGUCGAAGCAGCAAGCUACAAUGCUCUUGUGGCCGAUUCGGACGACAACAAUGCUCAGCUUGAAUCUCUUGCAAAGACCAAGGAGAUCCAGGAAUGGCGCAGGGCAUUCAAGAUCUCGGCAUCUUUCGCCAUCCCCGUCUUUCUGAUCAGCAUGUUCAUUCCCAUGUUCCUGCCAUUCAUGAACUUCGGCAAAUGCCAGAUCAUGCAUGGCCUUUGGCUUGGCGACAUCCUCUGCCUUAUUCUCACCAUCCCAGUUCAAUUUGGCAUUGGAAAGCGCUUCUACAAGUCAGCCUACAAGUCAUUAAAGCACGGCUCUCCGACCAUGGACGUCCUGGUUGUUCUUGGCACCUCUGCCGCCUUCUUCUUCAGCGUGGCCGCCAUGCUUGUGUCUUUCCUCACUCCUCCGCACACCAAGCCUGCAACGGUCUUUGACACCAGCACCAUGUUGAUUACCUUCAUCACCCUCGGCCGCUACCUAGAGAAUCGAGCAAAGGGCCAGACCUCCAAGGCUCUUUCGCGCCUGAUGUCUCUCGCUCCCUCCAUGGCUACUAUCUACGCAGAUCCCAUUGCUGCGCUCAAGGCAGCGGAGGAAUGGGAUGGGGAUGAGAAGACAACCGGUGAUGACGCUGCAAUGAAUGGAAAUGCCGCAGAAGAGAGGGUAAUCCCAACCGAACUCCUCGAGGUUGGCGACAUUGUCAUCCUUAAGCCUGGCGACAAGAUCCCAGCUGACGGCACCGUCACUCGUGGCGAGAGCUACGUCGAUGAAAGUAUGGUCACUGGCGAAGCCAUGCCCAUUCUCAAGAAGAAGGGUCACGGUCUCAUGGCUGGCACGGUCAAUGGUGCUGGACGUGUGGACUUCAUCGUCACUCGUGCAGGUCGUGACACCCAGCUCUCCCAGAUCGUUCGACUGGUCCAGGAAGCCCAGACUACUCGCGCCCCUAUCCAGCGUCUGGCCGAUCUUGUUGCAGGCUACUUCGUCCCGGUCAUCGUUACCCUCGGCCUGGCAACCUUUAUUGCUUGGAUGGUCCUUAGCCACGCGCUCCCGAAUCCGCCUAAAGUCUUUUUAGAUCAUGCUAGUGGCGGUAGGCUCAUGGUCUGUGUCAAGCUCUGUAUUUCUGUCAUCGUCUUCGCGUGCCCUUGUGCUCUAGGCCUGAGCACUCCUACCGCUGUCAUGGUUGGAACUGGUGUUGGUGCGGAGCAAGGUAUCUUGGUCAAGGGUGGUGCCGCACUGGAAAUGGCCACCAAGGUCACCCACGUUGUUCUAGACAAGACUGGCACCCUCACGGUUGGCAAGAUGAGCGUAUCUGACGCCGAUAUUCGCGGCGGAUGGGCCAACUCAAAGCCCAAGGAGCGUCUGUGGUGGACCCUGAUCGGCCUUGCCGAGAUGAGCAGUGAGCACCCUAUUGCACGCGCUGUAGUCAUGGCUGCGAAGGACAACCUUGGCCUUGGUGCAGAUGGAGCUCUUGAUGGUAGCUCUGGCGAUUUCGAAGCCACCGUUGGAAAGGGUAUCUCCGCGAUUGUUGAGGCUGCCAUCUCUCCUGAGCAGAAGAGAUACCGCGUUCUUAUCGGCAACGCCGACUUCCUACGAUCGCAAGGAGUUGACGUUCCGGCAUCUUCUGAGGAAGCCGUCGCCUCGUCGAGUGACACCGCAAGCACCGAAGGCCUCGGUUCCACCGGCAUGACCACUAUUCACACCGCCAUCGAUGAGACCUUCACCGGCACUAUCUCGCUCUCCGACACCCUCAAGCCUACCGCUCGUGCAACAAUCCGCGCGCUUCGCCGCCUUGGCGUCAGCGCCUCGAUCGUAACCGGUGACCAGAAAGCCCCCGCACUGGCAGUCGCCAAAGCUGUUGGCAUCCCCGCCUCCAACGUCUACUCCAGUGCCACACCUUCGACCAAGCAAGAAAUCAUCGAGGAACUCCAGCGGCCAGUUGCUCAAGGCGGCCAGGGUCACGUCGUGGCCAUGGUCGGCGACGGCAUCAACGACUCCCCCGCGCUCGCCACAGCCGCCGUCGGCAUCUCGCUCGCGUCCGGUACCGACAUCGCAAUGGAGGCGGCGUCGGUGGUGCUCAUGAAGCCCAACGACCUGCUCUCGAUCCCCGCAUCGCUGCAUCUGUCGCAGACCAUCUUCCGCCGCAUCAAGCUCAACCUCCUAUGGGCGUGCGGCUACAACUUCAUCGGCCUGCCCUUCGCCAUGGGCUUCUUCCUACCAUGGGGUCUGUCACUGCACCCAAUGGCCGCCGGCGCCGCCAUGGCCUGCUCCUCCGUCUCCGUCGUCGCCUCCUCGCUCGCGCUGCGCUGGUGGCGCCGCCCCCGUUGGAUGAGUCUCGAGAACCUUGAUCCCGCCGCCGCCGCGCUGGAGGCCGCCUCCGGUGAGAGCAAGUCAGCUACUAUCAAGAGCAACGGCGGUCUUGCCGGCAUCGUAGCUUGGGUCAAGAGCUUGUGGACUGAGAGGAGGAGGGAGAGGGAGGAAGCUGGGUACGCGCCCGUCCCUCUACGCGAUAUGGGUGAGGUGUGA